CCGCCAUUUUGACCAAACUGUCAAAUGUCACGCAUAAAUAAAGAUGUUUGUUGCAGUGGCUUUCCAAAAAUAAUCAAAUAAAACAUAAAACAACACUAGCUACUAAUAAUUCUUGAUGUGUUUCCUAAUCAUCACUACACACCUAAUUAACAUAAAACUUCACUGUAAAUCUGAUCUCUUAUAAGACUUCCGAAAAUGUCGGUGCAUUACAAGUUCAAAUCGGCCUUAGAGUACGACACAGUCACUUUCGAUGGCUUGCACAUUUCAGUGAAAGACUUAAAGAAUGCCAUCAUCCAGCAGAAGAGGAUCGGUAAAAAUACUGACUUUGACCUUCAAGUGACGAACGCGCAAACGAAAGAGGUUUAUGAAGACGAGAAUGUGUUGAUUCCAAAGAACACGUCGCUGCUGAUUGCGAGAAUACCGACUUCGGCACAAACCAAGAGCAAGCAGUGGGAAGGGUAUGGGGGCGACGCCACCCCGCCCACGAAGCUUGAUGAAGGGGGUCCGAUUGCCAAAGCUGUAGAUUUGUCAAGUUUAGAUGCGCCCGAGGAUGAUAAGAUUAAGGCUAUGAUGUCGCAAUCGACUCAAGAUUAUGAUCCUAGCAACUACUUGAAAAUCCGCGGCGCCAACCAAAUCGGAGCUGUGCCCCCCAACUACCGUUGCUACAAGUGCCACCAGACAGGCCACUGGAUCAAGGACUGCCCCCUGAGCAAGGGCCCCGAGCCGAUCGAAAUAAAAAAGAGCACUGGCAUCCCGCUGAGUUUCAUGGUGCCGGUGGAAGGCCCCCAAGUGCAGGGGGCCAUGAUGACCCCGAACGGCUCCUACGCGGUCCCGGUGUUGGACCACCAAACCUACACCCAGAAACAGGCCCCUCAGGCGCCCCUACAAGAAGUGAAACCGGAAAUACCCGAGGAUCUGGUGUGCUCGAUUUGUUCCGACUUGCUGACGGACGCGGUCAUGAUCCCAUGCUGCGGCAACUCUUUCUGUGAUGAAUGUAUCAGGAGUUUCCUGCUCGAGAGCGAGGAGCACGAGUGUCCCGACUGCCACGAGAAGGACAUCUCGCCGGCGACGCUGAUUCCUAACCGGUUUUUGAGAAACUCAGUGGCGAAUUUUAAGAAUACGACGGGGUACGUUAAGAAGUUGGCGUACAAGCAGAGGGAGGAGCCGGUGGUGGUGAAGACGAAGGAGGCGGUGAGUCAGCCGCAGGUGGAGGCGGCGAAGGUGGAGACGGAAGAGAAGACGGUGAUAAGCGAGGCCGAUUCGACUGAGCACGCGAAAACUGAAGAGAAAGAAGAGGAUGUUAAGCAUUCUCCAAAGACUGAAACUGAGACUAUUCCGGAGGGUCCGCCUGGGGUCUCUCCCGCUGAAUCACCUAAAACCCAGUCGAUCUCAAAAAGGAUUAACUCAAAUCGUGAGCCGCGAGAGCGUUCUGGGAAUACCAGGCAGCAUAAGCACCGGUCACGUGAUGAGUCGCCGCGGCGCCACCAUCGCAACCACCGGAACUCACCAUACAGGGAUACAGGACGUUCUGAAGAAAGAGCCGGUACCCCAACCGUGGACGAGCCCGGCGUCUCCGCCAACUCCAAUUACCCUCCUCCAGACGUUCGGUCGUACAACGCCCCGCCCAUGAUGGGUAUGGUACCGCCAAUGCAAGGACCGCCUCCAAACUUGCCUCCAGGCUAUGCCAAUCCGCCAGCUCCCAUGGGGAAUUUCCCUCCGACGAACGGCCCGCCUCCAAACUUUAGGUUGCCACCGCCCGGAGCCCCGCCCUACAUGCCUCCGGGACCCUAUCAGGUGCCGCCUAGGCCCAUGUUCGACACGAGCAGACCGCCCAUGUCGGGACCGCCCCCCAUGUACAACCCGUCGUAUCAAGGUUCGCGUUCGCACCACAGGGACUACGGGAUGAACGAUCGGAGGAUGAGAGGGCGGACGCCAUCAGGGCGAACUUACAGGGUCAUCGACGACCCUCUCGCAGCCUUCAACCGGAUGUUGCGCGAAAAGGACGAGCGCGAGCGGCGCGCCAAGCGCCAGAGGCGCAGCAGCUACAGCAGGAGUCGCAGCCGCAGCAGGAGCUACAGCCGGUCGCCGCGGCGCCUGCGCAGUCGUUCGCCGCGCAGGCGCCAGUCGCGCAGCCGCUCGAGGUCCUUCUCGAUCAGCAGGUCGCGCUCGAGAUCGUUCUCGGGCAGUUUGAGGGGUUCCCCGUUUAGGGACUUCUCCCCGAGACACUCGCCCCCGAGACGAAGGGGGCCUUCGCGCUACAGGUCGCCCAUUCGAUCGCCUCCAAGGCACCGUUUCAAAGACAGCCACCAGUUCCGCGAUCGCGACUACGAGCACGAGCACGAGCGCGAUCGCGACCGCGACUACGGCGGUCGCGACGACCGAGGCUACAGCCGAGAGCGCGAGCACCGAGGCCGCGACGAUCGAGAGGGCGGCGGCCACCACGAGCGCGACAGAGAGCGCGACUACGCCUACUACGACAGCUACGACGAGCGCGGCCGCGGCAAGGCCGGGGCCGCCGCAGGAGGAUGGGGCCAGCACCGCGGCCCGCCGCCGCCGCAGCCCCCCGAAGCCUACUACCAGCCCGAGAUGCAACACCCCUACGCCCCGCCGCCACCAAACAGGUACCCUCCGAGAGAAUACCCACCUUUCGGUAACAAGGAACCUCACGGCAUGCCCGGCAUGAUGCCGCCGAGACGCUACGACGACGUGGCGCCCCCAGGUGUCGAGGAACCUCCAGUUCCCGGGCUAGAAAACACAAGGUUCGAAGACAGAUUCCCCAGUCCCCCGAGGGAACCCAAGCGGGAAGAAUCCAAGAACAAAGAGAAGAAGAAACACGAGAAGAGCAGAACUCCGGAACGCAAACGAAGCCCUUCGAUCAGGAGAAAGUCCAAAUCGAAGGAUAAGGAGAGUCCCGAGAAACACAAGAAGAAGAAGAGGGAAGUUUCGUCCGAUCGCGACAAGAAAAACGUCUCGGACGACGAGAAGUCCAAGAAGAGUAAAGACCGGAAGAAGAAGAAGGAGAAGAAGGACUCUGAUAGGAAGAAGCGCAAGGAGAAGAAAGACAAGCACAAAGAAAAGAAGCACAAGGACGAGGUGAAAGAGGAAACGGUGCAGAAGGACGAAGAAGAGCAGAAGGAACGGGCACCCACUCCUGAGCCGGUCGAAGAACCGGUCGAGGAGCAAAAACAGGAUUUGUACGACGACAUGUUGUCCGAGGGAGUGGACACGAACGUGCUGGAGAGUUACGGCAAGAUCAAAGAAGACAGUGUUGAAAGAGACUUCGAAGAGAAGCUCCCCGAAAAGGAGGAAGAAGCGGAAGUUCCGAAAGAGUACGAAGAUACAGAGAAAGAUAUUCUCGAAUUGCACCCGACCGAUAUCGACUUGAAAACCGACUUGGACGGUAAAAACGAAAUGUUGGCACACCUACCCGAAAAGUCGAAAUGGGAAGUGGAAGAAGACGCGACUCCGAAUUCACACACCAGUCCCAAAGAGCCCGGAAGGUUCGAUUUAAAAUCAGACAAGUCCGGAAAAGUUACCAACGAGGUGUUGAAACGAGCCGAAAAUGCCAUUUUCGCCAAAGCCAUCAACGCCAUUCGCCCCAUCGAAAUAAAGAAGAUCAGCACGGACCGAGCCAAACUCUAUUCCGGCGAAAAAGAAGACGAAAAAGACGAGGAAGUGGAAAUCAAGAGCGUGAUGGCCCUGACCGAAGACAAAAAUUCCGAACGGAAAAAAGUCGAAGCUCCUAGUCAACCACCGGUUAGAUUGUCCGUGAAAGAGCGCCUCGGCAUCAAAAUCGACGACAUUGACCGAAUCGUCAAAGUCGAUCGAAACAAAUCCCGAAGUAUCUCGCCGUUCACCCGACGAGUGCACGAAACUAACCGAAACUACGGAAUCGGCGAACGAAGAGUGGAACUAGUUGACAGAAGACGGAGAGAAAGGUCACGGCAUAGAGAUCGCGGUAACCGAAGAGACUUCAGACGGGACGAUUUCUCCCGAAGAGACCGACGAGAUAGAGGUGACGUGCGACGAAGAGACGAAAAGAGGCGCGAAAGGUCCAAGAGUAAGUCGAAGACGCACCAAGAAGAAGAGAAAAAGGAAAAGAGGAAGCGGUCGAGGUCGAGGAGCGAGAGCGAGGACCGAAAAGACAAGCGCAAGAAAAAGGAGAAGAAGGUGAAGAAAGAGAAAACGAAGAAGCACAAAGAAGAGGAUGAGGAGAAGAAAGACGAAGAGAAGGUUGAUGAAGUGCAGAAGUCGAAAACUGUGCCGGAGAAGAGGAAGCCGACGAUAGACGAGGCUAAUUUUGAGCCGGAUUACGAUCUGGAGAGCGAGUCGGAGAAGGAGGAUAAGCGGGAGAAGAAAAGCGAGGAGAAGAAGUCGACGUCUAGCUCGGAUUCGUCCGAGUCGAGUUCAGAUGACGAUAAGAAGAGGAAGAAACAUAAGAAGCACAGGAAGAAGAGGAGCAGAAAGGAUUCGAGUUCGAGUAGUUCGGAGUCGGAGUCUGACUCUUCGGACGAGGAUAAAGAACGGAAGAGGAAGAAACAUAAAAAGAAGCAGAAGAAAAGAAAGAAGUCUAAACAUAAGUAAAUUGUUUUAUAUUCUUGUACUUGUGUAAGGUAUCAUUCUGGUAAAUAAUAGAGAUGACUGUAUAUAGUUCUGUUCUUUUUCCAUUUAAUGUGAUUACAUUUUUUAGGUUCUGUAAAUUAAAUUACUGAGAAUAAAGAAAGGUGUAAUAUA